CGGACCAGGCAUGUCCUUCUACCUCUCGAAGACCGAAAGAAGCACCACAAAUGCAGAGGAUGACAAGAAAUCGUCAGUCGAGGUCUGUUGACACCCGUGUUCAAGUUCUGAGAGCGACCAAGCAAAGCGACCGGCUACUAACAUCGCUCAGAAAUACUCUGCAGCUCUACAGGCACUCAGCAGCAGCAAUCAGAUCCUCGAGAAGAAGAUGUCCAAGUUACGCGCGAGCACGAUCCGUCUUAACCUCGAUCUCAUGAAGCUCCAACGACACAUGAGCACCAUGCAGCACGACUUUCUCACAACAUGGCAGGCGGAUAUCCUCACCCUUCUCAUCGAAAUUGUGUACGCGCGGCUGCAUCGAAUGCUACCGGGGGGAUACGCGGUCGAGGAGAUCGAAUUGUUGGAUUAUGAGACGUUGACGAGGGUGUAUAGGACUGCGGCCAAGAGGAUUCACAGGGAGAGGCUGCGGAGGAAAUUUGGACUGUCAGCGAGGUAUCACGGUGCGUUACAGAAGUACUGGGAGGUUGUCGAGUUUCGAAGCGAGGAUCCCUUUCAGACGGAGUGUGUGUUUGCUCGGUGGUUGGUCGCGGAGAAGGGGGAGAAUCCUGGUGCGUACGAGUUUUGGGGACAGUUAUUUCCAUUGUGCUACAGACGGACGGUCGAGGAAAGUGCUGCAAUCUUUUGAUGUCUCAUUUUUGUCUCAUUCUAUCACUUGUCACUCGCUCUGUCUUUGGCUAUGGAGUAUUUGCACUAUUUGCAUAUGGUGAA